CAGCUUGGCAGUAUUGAUCAGAGCAUGAGAUCACGCAGUUGAGCUUAGACGAACAAAGGAGAUCAUUUUUAAGCCCUCGCGAAUAAUACGCAGUUCGCAAACUACCAAAGAAAUCGUUGUGCAGUUUUGAAAGUAGAAAAUCAAAAAGAGAAAGCUUUCGCGAAUUCUUCGGACCGAUCUGGCAACCCCCGAAACAUAUGUGCCAAGAAAUGGCAAUCGCAAGUGACGCGGAGGAAGCGGAGAACGCAGUUCUCGCGGAGAAGGGCAGGAAAUGUUUUUAUUUGAAAAAAAUGAUAGGAGAUUACAUAGACACCUCUGUUCGCAUUGUGGCCACCGUCUUUCUGGCUGACUUCCUGCAGCGCUUCUAUCGCUGCGCCGUCGAAUAUGUCCGCUAUAGCCGGUACUAUCUGCCCGAGGAUCGGGUGCGGACGAUUGUCCGGCGCUCGUACACGUACAACAACAAGAAUGUCUACCUGAUGUUGGCCUUUCUCCUCGUGGGAUUCUUCCGAAUUUCGGUUACAGGAAACUGCAGAGACGUAGUGCCCUCAAUCCUGUACCUGUCCUACAUGCCGCUCUACUGGAUCUUCAGCGAUCUGGGCCAGAGCACCCUGAGCUACUCCCACUGGAUACGGGACUCACACGGGCUGGACUACGCGGCCGGAAUGGCCUCUAACUACUUCCAUGGCUACCUCAAACUCUCACUGCCCGAACGUAAGAACGAUGGACUCCAUCAUCGAAUGGAACUCUAUGAGGACCAGAAUAACGUCACUUUCGGCAUACAUCGACUGGUUAUUCUUAUCCCCGACGAAAUGUUUGUUAACGGCGUACUCGAAAGCGAUUUACUGGAUAAAGCUAAGCCCCUGGAGACGAAGUAUAUAAACCGAGCCGGCGUGAAUCGUCCUUUUAAGCACGCUGUCUACAGACUUAACCAAAAGAUCAAUGGCAAGACCUACUACUUUGCCAUCGAGGGGGCCACGCCCAUGCUGUCCUUCUUCGAUGCCAUGCAGUCCAACUUAUCGGCCACCUGGCAGAUGAAGGAGCUGCAGCGGGAGAUUUGGCUAAAGUUCUACAAGCACUUGAAGGAGCUGAUCACCACGUGGCCAGAGACCCGUAACUUGGUGGAGCUGAUUAUCUAUAGCUCCCAUGAUUUAAAAGGAAACCUCAUAGAUGUUGGAGAAUUGCUUAAGGACCAUAUGGAAAAUAAAACGAGAACUAUUGACGAGCUUACCGACUGAGAAAUCCAAAGAAAUCUUUGAUUUUAUUUGUCUCUACCACAGGAAUAGGAAUCCCUUUUUGGGUACUAACGAAGGGAAAUGUUAUUUCAAAAUGCAUUUUUUAAUUUUAUAUGAAUGUAUGUGCCUACAACUAAUGACAAUUUUAAAACAAAUAAAUAAUUGUUACUAACUUUAAAAACAA